CUAAAUUAGGGUGGAGUGAACUUGGGCAUCCACUAUGACUAUUUUUUCUUCGUUAUUUAAUUAGUCAGCUCCACAGCUUAAGCCAUGCUGCAGUCUUUCUGAUGGAAAAAUCGAUCAGAGCAUUACAUCACAUUGUGUUUAAAUGUCCUCGGGUUAGCCGUGUAAGGAGGGUGAAGCUGUGAGAGACAAACAUGGGGGAUGUGAGUGAAGCGUCUCUGCUGGACUACAUCUACUCCUCUGGCGGAAAAGUUAAAAAUUCUGACUUGUUGAAGACCUUUAAGCCGUUUGUAAACCAUAGUGAUUUGCACCUGCGUGCCAAAUACAGGGAGGACUUCAAGCUCAUCAUCGACAGAAUAGCUGUGUUUAAAUCUGAGAACGGAGAGAAGUACCUUAUCCUGAAGAAGAAAUACAGGCAGCUCAUGCAGGACCGUGAAUCUGUGCCUUCGGUUUCAGAACCGAAACCGAAGAUAAAACCGAAUCUAGUCGAAUGGUGUGCAGGACCCACCAUCACUGUUACAGAUGUGCAAGAGCCAGAUGAGAAGGAGGAUGUGAAUGUUGCCUCGGGCUCAGAUGAGAACCCAGAACUUCUGUCCGAGGAGAAUCCUGAACCCAUAGAGGCAGAGGAUGAUCUGGAAAAGGACUCAGGGUCAAAGUCAGAAUCUGAGCAGGACGAGGAAUCUACGGGUAGUGUCGGCUCCGCAGCUGUGGCUCUGGAUCCUAUUGAGAAAGAGUGGAUCUACUCCGCAGCAUGUGCCAGACUCACUCAUCUCACGCAGCUUCUCAAACAGGAUGCUUCUCUGGCCAACAAAAAAGUACGAAUUUGAAUUACCGCUCUGCACUGGGCUGCCAAGCACGGAAAAGAGGACAUGGCUGUUGCAAUGGCUGACGCAGGAGCCGACGUCAACACCAAAGCAGGAUACACACCUUUACACAUUGCGGCACUACAUGGCCAUUUGCAUAUAUUUAGUCUACUCACCCAAAAAUACGGUGCUAAGGAAAAUGUGCGGGACUACAGUGGUCACUUGGCAUCUCAUUACCUGAAUAUACAGAAAGCAGAGGAGAGCAGUGAUCUGAAUGCCGGAUACCACAGCCCAGCGCAGGUGACCGAGCGCCGCAACAGGAAAUUAACAUCUCUGUUUCACUCGCGGAAGAAAUGGGGUUCUGCUGAAGACCUGGCACCCAUCCCGGAGGAGAGGAACGUCCCGCACCAGCUCAUCGUCCCUGCCUUUAGACCCAGAAAGUUCUCCCGCUGAACUCUCGCCACAACCAGUACAAUUAGUCCUUUUUACUGUGUAAACAUUUGUGGAAAUAGUGUUUGGUUUUUACACACAAAUAUGAUAUAUUUUUUAAUUAGCAUUUAUAUUCAAAUAUAUUGUUUGAUUUAUAUUGUGCUUUUUUUCCUUUUAAGGUCAUACUGGCUAAUAAAAAUAUUUAUCCUAUUAAAAAGAAAUUCUGUUAAUGAAAAAAAAUAUACGAAAGUGUCAAUGCUGCUACAUGCUUUCUAAGACUAAAGAACCACAUUUUGCUGUUUUUUAAGCAUUACAUGACUAUUUUUACAUUUAUUUUAUUUUGGAUACUUCAGUUUAUUUGCCAUUUACUGUAAAUGGUGUUCAUGUAA